CGGUCAUCAGUACGACACGCAGUUUGAUCCUUACGAGUAUGACCGAUUGUAUUACGACGAUCGACACGACGAUCGCUACGACGAACACUACGGCGACCGCUACGACGACCGCUACGACGUCCCGGAUGACAUGGCCGAGACAGAUGCGGAUUACGACGGAGAUAGGCCAGGGCCAGCUGCAGGACGGUAAGAGGAGGAUGAGACGGUCGAGCAAGGGCGUUCGUGGCGUCCUAGGGGCUCGGAAGGCAGACCAACAGGUGAGACAGACGGGAUCGUUGCUGAGGAACCGCCGACAGUGUUGCAGCCUACCUUACCACCGUUGGCCGAAAACACUCAGGAUGCAACUUUAUUUCCAGCUCCUGUCGUGUCCAAGGAGAUGUGUCAAGAGAUCGCUUUGCUGUUAUCAGCUGGUGUCUCGACGGACCAAUCGAAACUAGUGUCGAAAGAAUUUCCGUUAGCUUUCGAAGAGGAGAAUUUCACCCUUAAGCCACCGAAGUUAGACGGGUGGAUGAGCCGUCGCGCGCGCGAGAAAAAUACGCUCAAGACAGUAAACUCGUCGGAAGAAGCUCUGAUUAAAACUCAGCUUAAAAUCAUGGACAUCGGUCCACCGCUCAUCGAUCUGUAUGCGAGGGUGGUAGCCGUAGCGGACGAUACACCAGCAGGUGUUCGUUCCCGUCGUUCCUUACAAGCGGCUUUGCAGCAGUGGGGAAGAGCCUACGCUCACAUUUCCAGAAAGCGCAGAGAGGCAAUCGUCAACGCUACGGACCCCAGAGUAGAUUACCUGCUGAAAGACGAGACAGUCUUUACCAGGGGAAAGGAGGCCCGCGAGCACCUUUUCACUGGUGAGUUCCUGGAGCUCAUGCUUAAGGAGGCAAGCCAAGAUGAGACUCUAGCACGACGCGAUCAAGCGGCAGCUGCCGCUUCCCGCGGAAGAAGGAACCCGAUUCGUAUGGCCGGAUACGGAAAUUCAAGUGGCAGUUCCGCCCCUCGUGUUUAUGGGGACGAUUUUGAACCGACGGCCCGCGGCAGAGGUAGAGGCAGAGGUGGCCACGGACGUGGCGUCUCCAGAGGAAGGUCUCAGUCUCGCCCCGCGAAACGGGGACCCCGUUAACAACCGUGUUUCAGAUGGGAAGCAG